AUGAGCGUGGCCGAGGACGCCGAGUGGCUGCGGUGGGUGACGAAGCAGUUCGGGAGCAUCGCGGGGGAGGACAAAGAAAUUGGCCUGGAAGAGUUCAAAAGGGCUCUGCAAGUGAAGGAGUCCUUCUUCGCCGAGAGGUUCUUCGCGCUGUUCGACUCGGAUGGGAGCGGGACCAUUAGCCUGGAGGAGCUGCUGAACGCCCUGAGCCUGCUCGUGCACGGGAACGAGACGGACAAGCUGAGGUUCCUCUUCCAAGUUUAUGAUGUGGAUGGUGAAGGUAAAGCCGUGGGGUUGUCAGGGUGCUGUGGCGAUUGCCUGCGGGAGAGGGCGAUAGCCCUGCCCGAGGAGCGGCUGGGAGACCUCACCCUGGCGCUCUUCGAGGCUGCCGACAAGGACCACAGCGGCUCCAUCACCUUCGAGGAGCUCAGGGAGGAGCUGGAGGGUUUCCCGGAGGUCAUGGAGAACCUGACCAUCAGGUAGCUGCGUCGGCGGGUCCCUCCCACGGGGCUGCAGGUUCCCUUGCGACCACGCUACCUGACCAGGGCAUACUGGCACAACCACCGCAGCAAGCUCGCCUUCCUGGGGGGCUACGCCAGCCUCAACCUCCUGCUCUUCGCCCUGGCCGCCCUGCGGCACGCCGGCCUGGGGGGGUGGGUGGUGGUGGCCCGGGGCUGCGGGCAGUGCCUGAACUUCAACUGUGCCUUCCUCGCAGUGCUGAUGCUGCGGAGGUGCCUGACCUGGCUGCGAGCUACCCCCAUCGCCGAGGUGGUGCCGCUGGACCAGCACGUCGUUUUCCACCAGCUCGUGGGGUACGUGGUGCUGGCGCUGGCCGCUGUUCACACGGGCGCCCACAUCGCCAACUUCAGCAGGCUGGCGCGGCAGGACGGGCGCCACGGCCUCGCCGAAUUCCUCUUGUCAGCACGGCCCGGCGUGGGGGGCCUGGGCGGCACGGCCUCGCAGACGGGGCUGGCACUCCAGGGGCUGCUGGCCACCAUGCUCGCCUUCUCCAGCCCCUGCGUCCGACGGAGCGGACACUUCGAGGUUUUCUACUGGACCCACCUCUCCUACAUCUCUGUCUGGACCCUCCUCAUCCUCCACGGCCCCCACUUCUGGAAGUGGUUUGUGGUUCCCGGCUGCCUCUUUGUGCUGGAGAAGGUGGUCGGCUUGGCUUGGCGGCGUGCUGGGGGGCUGCGCAUCGUGGAGGUCAACCUCCUCCCCUCCAAGGUCACUCACCUUGUGAUCGAGAGACCCCAGUUUUUCCACUACAAGCCCGGAGACUACAUCUACCUGAACAUCCCAGCCAUCGCCACCUACGAGUGGCACCCCUUCACCAUCAGCAGCGCUCCUGAGCAGCAAGAGACCCUCUGGCUGCACAUCAGGUCGCUGGGCCAGUGGACCAACAAGCUGUACAAAUACUUCCAGCAGCCCGAACCGCCCAGCCCAGAGCCGAAACCGCUCAGCAGGAGCCUGCGGGAGAAGAGACGCCGGUGCUGGGCCCAGGUUGGUGCCGACGGGGCUCAGCUUCCAGCAAACCACAGAGGGUCCGUGGCCACCGGUGGGGAUGGAGCCGUUCAGCUGACGUCGUACAGAGCCAUGGGAGCUGCCCGGUUGCGGAGGGGUUGGGGUGGGGGGGAGGAGGUGGUCACUGCUCUCUUUGCCUCGCAGGUCUCGGCCGGGCUCGGUGGGACCCGUCGGCUCUGCAGCGUCAAGUGCUACAUCGACGGCCCCUACGGGACCCCGACGCGGAGGAUCUUCACCUCGGAGCACGCCGUGCUCAUCGGCGCGGGCAUCGGCAUCACCCCCUUCGCUUCCAUUUUGCAGAGCAUCAUGCACAGGUACCGCCGGCGAAAGCAGAGCUGCCCCAGCUGCCACCACUCGUGGUGCGAGGACCUGCGGGACGAGGAGAUGACUCUCAGGAAGGUUGACUUCAUCUGGAUAAACCGGGACCAGAAGCACUUUGAGUGGUUCGUCAGCCUGCUAACGAAGCUGGAAAUGGAGCAGGCUGAGCAGGAGCCAGGAGGGUGGUUUUUGGAGAUGCACAUGUACAUGACGUCGGCCCUUGGCAAGAACGACAUGAAGGCCAUCGGGCUGCAGAUGGCCCUGGACCUGCUGUCCGCCAAGGAGCAGAGGGACUCGAUCACGGGGCUGCGGACCAGGACCCAGCCCGGCCGCCCCAACUGGAGCAAGGUGUUUCAGAAGGUGGCAGAGGAGAAGAGAGGGAAAGUCCAGGUCUUCUUCUGUGGCUCGCCGGCACUUGCCAAAGUCAUCAGGGCGCAUUGCGAGCACUUCGGCUUCCGCUUUUUCAAAGAAAACUUCUAA